AAACAAGAUGAAGUGCAGAUGCAUUCUUAUAUUCCCUGUAAAAAUGAAUGGCUGAAUAGUUGGACGUGGCUCAUAGGCUGUAUGUCAAUGGAUCAAUGCAACGAAACUUGACAUCCAGUUCGAUUUGUGGAACAGAGAAUGUCAGAAUCAAAAUUGAAGUCCACUUCUGACUCGAACCCAUCUUGGGGUGAAAGGAUUACAUCAGCUUCGUCUUUGAUCACCGUAGAACCAGCCGCGCUACUACUGACCAUCUGCACUGGCGUGUACGUGCUUGUGUCAUCCGAGCUCUACAUUUCUAAAGUUUGCAAGGUCAACUUGGCCUUAGGCGAGGAUGUCUGUGAUAAUAUUCAAGACCAUAAUGAGGAGCAAGUUUUAGUCCAAAAGUACGUCUCCAAGUUGAAAAUCUACAAUCGGGUUCUUCAAUCGAUUCCCUCGUUAUUAUUUACGGUUUUGGCGGGUCCAUGGUCCGAUGUGUAUGGUCGAAAAACUUUCCUGAUAUCCUCCAUGUUUGGAUUCGUGUUCAAUAACGCGGUGUUCCUGGUGAACGCUUACUUCUUUUACGAAUUGAAGGCAGAAUGGCUUCUGCUGGAGUGCCUUCAAGACUGGACUGGAGGGGGUACCUUAUUCUUUUUGACAGUCUAUGCCUACAUAGCAGACAUUACGGAUCCAUCGACCCGUACCAAAAGAAUGGCCUUCGUGAGCGGACUUUGGCCCGUCGGCGGCAACAUUGGCAAGGCCUUAGGUGGAUUGAUCAAGCACCACUUGGGCUUUAUCUACAAUUUUGCCUUUGGCAUGCUUCUUGCAGUCGUUGCCAUGCUGUACAUCAUCUUGUUCGUCAAGGAAACCAUCAAACCCAAUACCUUACAGGGAAACAAGGCAUCAAAUAAUCCCAAACAAGCCAGAGAAAGAUCCCAAUCCUUGGGUGCCAAGAUAUCGUUACUAUUAUCGAUCGAUAAUGUGAAGAAAGGCUCUUCAGCUUUGACUCGUCUUCGGAAGCACAAUGCACGGGUUUAUAUCAUUCUUUUGCUAUUGGUAUUCCAAUUUAUGUCCUUUACUCAUUCGGCUAACGGUACCAACGGUUAUUUGUUUCUCCGACGUUCAUUGGGCUGGACCCUCGAGGAUUACACCCGUUAUUCGAUUGCCAAGGGCGCCAUUGGAAUAUUCUCGCAAUUUGUUUUGGUUCCUUUUCUCUCAGUGAGAAUACGGAUCAGGGAUGCCUCUAUUUCCUUUUAUGACAUGUUUGCUUCGGCCAUUAAUUGCUUAAUCGUAGCAUAUGCCACUGAAGGAUGGAUGAUCUAUGCUGGUGCAAUGAUUAAUUGCUUGGAUUUCACGUCUUACUCAAUUCUCCGGAGCAUGGUCACAAAAGUUGCAGAACCUCACGAGACCGGGGCUCUUUUUGGCGUGUUCGGGUCGUUACAAUCGUUGAUGCCAAUGAUAGCCACACCGAUUUUUGGAAUGCUCUAUCGCGGCACUGUGGCGGAUUUCCCACAGUUCUACCUCUUCCUAGUGGCUGGUUUCUUUCUCUUGAAUUCAAUAGCAUUACUUUUUUUGCGCCAUGGACUGACAAAGUUGAACCAAAACAUAGCCGAAGAAGUUCCUACUGUUGACGAGGAAAUCGUGGAAAUGGUGCCCGUGAAAGACCAGUGUAGCACAAAAACUGCACAGGAGGAAACUGUUACCCUAUCCAAAAUUUUGAGCCAAUCCGUGGAAACCCUGACAUGAAUCGCUUUAUUCUUUUUGACAAUAACUGGAGCAACAUUAGCAGUAUGAUACUAACUUUUCGUGUCCUUGUUGGGGCAAGUAUAGUUGAUAUCCUGCUUACUCGUUGUUUCAUAGGGUCUGGAAACGCGGGUAUCAUGCCUACUUGUUCUUUUCUCCUAUCACUUUCGGGAUGGGACUAGAUAAGUGUGUACCAAGAUCCUUACUCGCAUUUUCUAGUUCGGUCCCAAAUCGCGCUCCUACUUACUCGGUGUUUUCGGUCCGGCUGUUACUGUUCCUUCUUUCUACUCCUGUUGCUCCUACUGCUGCUUCUUUCACUAAACAACCGCGCCCUUUUCUGGUUGUGGACUUGACAGUGGAACAAAAUGUGUGCUGGUUUUUACUAAAGAGCCGGGAUCCCUUGCAGUCCACAGUACCCACAACACAGAUGAAAUAUUUGGACAAAUUUCAAGACUUGUAGUAACGAUUUUCGUGGAAAGGAACAACUUUUGCAAAAUACUGUGUUGGAAAAUACCUCAGAUUGGGAUACUGAUUCAUUUUAGACCUAUAAAACGACAUUAAAAACCUAAUUAAUAGAA